AUGAUGAUCACCCCUCAGCAGUUUAGCACUUCCAUCAGAAGCUUAUUCCCCAAUGGCUUACCAUCGAAACUCGCCAUUGCUCUUUCAGGAGGAGUGGAUUCGAUGUGUUUGACCUAUCUUGUUUCCCAAUACCUCAAAAAUCAAGGAAUGUCGCCGGCGCUGGUGCUUGCCAUCACCAUCGACCAUAAGCUACGAAAAGAGAGCUCUCAGGAAGCCCAGGCUAUUGGUAAAUACGUGACGAACACCUUUGGGGUUAAGCAUCUCUCGUAUCCUUUGCAAUGGCCCAAAGGAUACGAUACCUCAUCGAAUAAUUUUGAACACUCGGCAAGAAUUCUAAGAUAUCGGGCCAUACGGGAUAUUUGUGGGGAAAAAGAUAUCACUAAUUUGUUGACGGGUCAUACAAGAGAUGAUAAUAUUGAAACGUAUAUCUUGAGAAGUUUAAGGGAACCAAGAAAUCCAUAUUUUUCAGAAGACAGCAGGCUGUACGGGAGGUAUCUUGCAAAUCGGGUGUUUGGCCAAUGUGGAAUCAAGAGCCAGUCGAAAUUUCCUCUAAGGGACAAUGCCCCGCCACCAUCGUUCAACAAGAUAAUGGUAACUCGACCGCUUCUUGAAUUUUCUAAAUCAGAUUUAAUGGAAACUUGUAAGAACGAAAACAUUCGCUGGUUCGAAGACCCUACUAAUGUGGACCCUGAAAUUACCGAGAGAAAUAAAAUACGAAACGAUUUGAAAGAAAUGCAACCGGAGGUUCGAAAAGAAAAAGAACAGCAGAUACUUGGGCGGAUUCAGAGAUCUAAUGGUCUUGUUGAUAAUUAUCAUCAUGAAAAAAAUAUGAUCCAUGAAUUCUUGAAGCAAAAUUAUUGGAUCACUAAAAAUAGGGAGAUAUCUUCGAUUUCCAUGAAGAUUCCUCUGGAUAUACUUUUUCACUCGACUUCUCCAGCACUCAAUAGGCUUUUUUUUGACCUUUUGGAAUCGAUUUCCCCAUCCACGGAUUAUCAUUACAAAUUCCUAAAACUCUCAAAUCUCUCUGAAGAUUUGAUGUCUCUGGCAUUAUCCUUCGAAGCAGAAGGAGUAAUAUCUCCAUCUGAAUUCUUGAAUAUGAGUUUCAAAUAUAAGAAAUCUUCUAAAAGAUUAUCAUUAACGCAGGAACAGAAGCUUGAUGAAACAUUUGGGUAUAUAAACUGCCGUCACAAUCGGGGCACUUUAGUUGAAAUAGAAAUUAGCAGACAGAAAAUGAGUAGAAAUGAUAUUCAAAGAGAGCAUAAGUGUCUUGCCGUAUUAGAGGAAUGGUCAGAUCAUUGGAUUGAUUAUGACAACCGUUUUUAUUUCAAGUUUAAAGAAAACAAGCGUGAUGAUUCAGGUUACUAUCCCAAUUAUGUCAUUAGGCCUUUUGAGAUAAGGCAAGAUAAAGGGAGAAUUAAAAACCAAUGGGGCACCAAGAAGCUGGAAGGGAAGAAUGUCGAUAUAACCGACGCGGUUUGCAAAAUGGCAAACAAGUAUUCAAUUCCGAUAUUGGAAAACAUUAAAACCGGACAAGUGAUCGGGUUUCCUCCAUUGUACAUGCACGAACCGGUUUUAAAAGAAUUGGGACUUGAGUGGCAGGUUGGCUAUAGAGAAUGA